GUUUCAGUUUGUCAAAACUCUGCCUUCGUCAGGCACACCGCGCAAAUUACGAAAUAUUAUUUGAUAUUGAAUUUGAUGUGUUCGUCAGGUCGACAGUCGACACACCGACUGACAAUCUGAUUCUGCGGUCAUAGGAUGUGGGGUUACGCAUGGGGCGUGAGAAAAUAAAGUGUGGGAAAGAGUGGGCGUCCGCGCUCCGCAUCGCGUCAUAGUAAAACAUUUAUUAUUGUAUGUAGUGAACCGAACACUUACAAAUGCUCCAGUAGCAACAUCAUUUCGUGUUAUUAUUGUUGUGUGAGUUUUUAUAUACAUCGAGUGGUUGAACCAAAUCGUCGUAGUGUGAAGGGGAAGCAUCAAACGAAUGACCGAUGAUCUCGUGGGAACGACCUUUGUUAUGUACACACAUAGCAUAGUUAAAACAAAUCAAAAAAAUUGUGUAAAUAUUUAAUAAAGUAAGCAUUUGUGUGAUGGGAGUCACUGGAUUGUGGAGACUAGUUGAACCUGCUGGUAAACCAGUGCCAGUUGAAACCUUGGAAAAUAAAAUUUUAGCAGUUGAUAUCUCAAUAUGGUUGCAUCAGAUGGUGAAAGGUUAUCAAGAUGCAAAAGGGGCCCCUCUACCAAAUGCCCAUCUUAUUGGAUUGUUUCAACGUCUUUGCAAACUCUUAUACUUUAGAAUUAAGCCAGUUUUCGUUUUUGAUGGAGGUUUUCCAGAAUUAAAAAAAGAAACAAUUGCAAAGAGACAAGACAACAAGCUAAAGUACAAUUCAGAGUCUGAAAGAUUAAAAAGAGAAUUAGCUAUCUUAUUGAGUAAGAAAACAGCAAUUGGAGCUUUGUUGGGGAAACAAAUAUCCCCCAAGAAGAACAAAAACACUAUAGAAAGAGAUGAUGACUUAUUUAAAUUACCAGCUCUCCCUCAGAAUGAAGAAGAAUCUGCAACAGAUUCCGAUGAUGAACAAGAUUCAAGUGCAUCAAGUAUUGAUUUACACAGUGUCAAUCUUGAAUCAGAUGAUUUCAAAAAAUUGCCAGUCAAACAGAAAUAUGAUCUACUAUUGGAAUUAAAAGAAACAAGGAAAAUGAAUUCCUGGGGAAAAUUGGAAACAUUACCAAAGAAGAGUGACAACUUUUCCAAUUUUCAGAUGCAAAGAUUACUAAAAAGAAGAAAAGUACAGGAGUGCAUUGAAGAAACAGAAAAAGAAAUGGGUGACAUUGGAAUGUCAUUAACGGAACUUGAAUCUCUUCUCAAUGCAGAAGGAAUAGAAACCAAAAUUGAAGAGUUACCAACUCGUCGCAUAGCAUCUGAUAAAACAACGAGAUAUUUAUUGAUUGAUAAGGCAAAACAAAGUCUUAUUGAAUCUAAAAAACUUAAGGAAAAAACAGAAAAUAACAAGUGUAAUUCAGAAAUUGCUGGAACAUCUGGCAAGCAUGAAACUAAAGAAAACAUAGGUACUGUUGAAUUUGAGGAUGAUUUACAGAAAGCUAUUAAAAUGUCUUUAGAAUGUGUUGAAGAAGAACCUAAAACUAGUACCUCAGGUUGUGAUGAAGAUCCUAACACUAGUGCAUCCUCUUCAAAGGCAGAUGAAUCCUGGACAUCCUUUAUGACCGAUUCUGAAUAUUCUGAGGAGGAAUGUGAUGAGUUAUGUUCCCGAAAUAUAACAUCAGUUAAGGAUUACAUAAUGCAGUAUACUGAUUUCACUCAUAAAGCUAUUGAGGAUUUAGUUUCUACUGAAAAUAAACCAAAAAAGAACCCAAAGAAGUUGAAUGUGGAUGAUGUGAUGGAUGAAAUAAAUCAGGAAAAAUCGAUAAUUGAACAUCAAAUAGAUUUAAUUAAUGAUGAUGAUGUUGCAAAGAAAGAAAUCAAAUCAAAUGACAAAGAUUCAGAUAAUGUUUUUAGGACACCACCAUUAAUUAAGUCUUCAAAUGAUGAAGACAUUUGUAUAAACAAUGAAAAUAAGAAAGAUGAUUUUGAUGAUGCAUCUCUUUUAAGUAUUGAGAAUCAGAAUCAUGACUGUAAAGUAGAUAGUUCUUCAGAAGAUAUUAUUAAUCAUUCCUUAUUAAUUACUGCUGGCCCAAACCAAGACAAUACUAAGGUAAGUAACAAAAACAUAAAACAUAACAAUGACAUCUCAGUUUUCAGCAUUGAAGAUAGUGAACACAAUGUUAUAUGUUUAGACACUUCCACAGAAGAUAUUGAUAAUAUUAAAAGCAAAAUAAGUUCAAAUAAAUCAUGUAGUUCCAGUGAAGAUGAGUUUGAAGAAGUCAUCGAUAUUGAAAGUAACACAAAAACACCAGUUGUACAGUUAACUUUAAAUGUGGAAGAACCACUGGGAGAUGAUAUUUUUGCCGAUGUUUUUGAAUGUGAUGAUGUAAGAAAUCCUGUACAAUGUAGUUCUAUCACAAUAAAACAGCAAAGCGAGGUGAAUGAUAAUAAUUGUGCUCGACCAAUAGGCAAUAAAGAACAAGAAUACACUACACAAGACCACAAAGCUAUCAGUAUCACAAACAAUAUUAUUAAUAAAGAAUUAAAAGUACCAAAAGAAUGUCAGAGUGAUAGCUUUGAAAAAAUACAAAGCCCAGAAAGAGAUAAGACAACAGAAGAUAACCCACUAGUAAAUACUUUUAGUAAAGACAUUUCCAUAGCAACUAAAAAUGAUUCAAAUAAACCGCGAAUAUCCGAAAAAGACCUUGAAGAAAUGGCAACAGUGGUUGAAGAUGAACACGAAAAUUUAUUACACGAGAAAGGUCGUCUGGAUCGUAUUGGACGAAAUAUAUCGGAACAAAUGACACUUGAAGCACAAGAACUUCUUCGUAUAUUUGGCAUUCCUUACAUCAUUGCUCCAAUGGAAGCUGAGGCACAGUGUGCUUUCUUGGAGAACAAUAAGUUGACUGAUGGUACAAUAACUGAUGAUAGCGACAUUUGGCUAUUUGGAGGCAGGACUGUCUACAAACAUUUUUUCAAUCAAAAGAAACAUGUUCUUCAAUUCCUCAGUGAAAGAAUCGAGAAGUUGUUUAAUCUUUCAAGAGAACAGUUGAUACUUUUGGCGUUGUUGGUAGGUAGUGAUUACACAACGGGAGUGAGUGGAGUAGGGCCAGUUACUGCUAUGGAGAUUCUGGCGUCAUUUCCUUCUAAGAAAAAAAGUUCAAAUGAAACACCCAAACAGGACAACUAUCAAUUAAUCAUAGAGGGACUUAAACAAUUUAAACAAUGGGUGAAAGCAGGAAAGCGCACAGACAAUAUCACUUUGAAGAAAAAAUUAAAAAAUGUUAAACUCAAUGAAGAUUUCCCAAGUGUGCGGGUAGUUCAAGCGUAUUUAGAACCCAAUGUGGAUGAAAAUAAAGAAAAAUUUACAUGGGGUGAGAUUGACAUAACAAUACUAAGAGAAUACGCAAAAUCGAAAUUUGGAUGGUCUCAAAGUAAAUUGGAUGAAAUUGUGCAACCAGUUUUAAAGAGGCUUAGUGAAAGAAAAAGUCAAAAGACAGUUCAUGACUAUUUCAAACGAAAAAUACAGAUCGAAUCUAUAGAUGAUCAAAUUAGCAAAAGAGUAAAAGCUGCAGUAGAAAAGUUGGAUCCAAAUAGAGAAUAUAAUGAUGGUGAGGAAACAAAACUCAAGAAAACCAAUGAGAAAAAUAGUAAAUCAAAAAGGGCCCCUAAAAAGAAAUCGAACGUAGACGAUAGCUUAAGUAGAAUAAAUCAAAUCGUGAAAGUAUCUAAUGUAGAAGAAAAAAUAUUAACAUUUGAUGUGAAAAUUCCAAGAAGUGAUAUGAAACAUGAGAUAAUACCUCAACGUGAGAAAGUAAAACAAAACCUGUUAGAAAACAAAUUGAAAGCAAUUGAAAUUUUCAGGAAAUCUAAAAUAGACAAAAAGCGGAAGUUCACAAAAAGAAAGCCGUUGGUACCUAAGGAUAAAGCUGAGCUCUCCGAAAGUAGUGAUAGCAACUAAUAUAAUAUGCAGCUAGCCUCAAUAAUUUUACACGCUUUUUAUUAGCUUCACCUCUAUGUAUGUGUGUUUGUAACCGCAUCAUUUGGGCGCGAUUUCGACCCACUUUGAACGGCCAAAUUUAGUAAAAACUUCAUAGAUUUAUCAAGGACCGAUGAUAAUACAUUAAUUUGAUAAAAUGA